AUGACGAUUGAGCAAACGCUCAAUCGUUUCUUCGGUACUGAUCUAAAACACGGGAGAGGCGUUACUCCAAGUGUUGUAGCGCGGUAUUUAACUUGUAUGCCAGUUUCUUUUGCUGUCAUGGAUGGUUUAGAGAGUUACUGUGAUCUUAGCUUCAGUACUAGCGAGCAGCACAUUGACUUAACUAAUAGUAGGCUAAAGAAGGACAAUAAUGAUUUAAUGCUGAUGUAUAAUUGGAUAUUAGCACACAAACCAUUUGAACAUCGUGAAUCUCUAACAUCUUUAUCAACAGGUAUUGUUGGUGGUGAAAAUAUUAACUGUCAUGAAGCAUUAAAAUUAGGUACUCUGAGUAUGGGUGCAAUGAUCGGUAAAAACGCACAAAAUGUUAGCAUGUGCUUUAAGUACGAAGUUAAACCUUUAUCAACUGCGAAGGCUGGAAUUCAUGCAGAUGUUAAAUAUGCAAACCUCAAUCCCAUGAUGUUAUUUCAAAGAAUUUGUGUCUUAACUAAAGAUGACGAAGAUUUAACGAAGAAAGCGUUCAGUCAUGAACUGUCACCAUUCCCUUUGUCUUUAUUCGAUCAAGAAGGAUUUAUGCGCAAAAACAAGAAAUCAGAAUUAUUUUCUGUUUUUAAGACAAGUCUACAAUCAGACUCUUAA